ACUGUUGGGAGGAAAAGAGGAAAACUGAGCAACAGCCACGACAGUGGACGCGAGCGUCUCCUCUCUGCGCAUGCGCCCGCUCAGCGGCCUGCUUCUAUUUAUGUGGGGGAUCCAACAUGGCGGAUACGGCGACCCUGGCGAUGGCGGCGGAACCCAUCAGAACAUAGUAGCGGGGAAGGGGGCACGGUCCGCACUCACCGUGGCGCCGGCGGAGACGGCUGAGGGUGGUGGAGGGAAGAAAAGCGACGGAGAGCGAAAGGAAGGGCGGGCAGGCACGCAACGCGGCGUAGAAGUGAGCGCCGGCUCGAGCGAAAGCCGAGGGCCAGAACAGUGGGGAUGGCGGAGCCGCGCAGAGUAGCGUUCAUUAGCUUGUCACCGGUGAGGCGGCGCGAGGCCGAGUACUCGGGAGCUGAGCGCGAGCCCGAGUACCCCCGCGAGCCCCCCCGGCUGGAGCCGCAGCCGUACCGCGAGCCGGCCCGGGCGGAGCCGCCGGCCCCGCGGGAUCCUGCCCCCCGCUCGGACACGCAGCCCCCGCCGAGGGAGAAGCCGCUCCCCCAGCGCGAGGUCAGCCGCGCCGAGCCGCCCAUGUCGCUGCAGCGCGAGCCCCCGCGGCCCGAGCCGCCGCCGCCGCCGCUCCCGCAGCUGCCCUUGCAGCCGCCCCCGCUGCGGGAGUCAGCUUCCCGGGCGGAGCAGCCGCCGCGGCCGCCGAGGGAGACCGUGCGCCUGGAGCUGGUGCUCAAGGACCCCACCGACGAAAGCUGCGUGGAGUUCAGUUACCCGGAGCUGCUGCUGUGCGGAGAACAACGGAAGAAGCUCAUUCAUACAGAAGACCCAUUUUAUGAUGAGCAUCAGGAGAGGCAAGAAGUGGAAAUGUUGGCUAAGAAGUUUGAAAUGAAAUAUGGUGGGAAACCCCGUAAACACCGGAAGGAUCGGCUACAAGAUUUAAUUGAUAUAGGCUUUGGCUAUGAUGAGACAGAUCCAUUUAUUGAUAACUCAGAGGCUUAUGAUGAAUUAGUUCCUGCUUCUCUGACAACAAAAUAUGGAGGUUUUUAUAUCAACACUGGCACUCUACAGUUUCGCCAAGCUUCAGAUACUGAAGAAGAAGAUAUUACAGACAACCAAAAGCACAAGCCACCCAAAGUUCCCAAAAUAAAAGAAGAUGAUAUUGAGAUGAAGAAACGGAAGCGGAAAGAGGAAGGGGAAAAGGAGAAGAAGCCAAGGAAAAAAGUACCCAAACAACUGGGAGUUGUGGCUCUAAAUUCACACAAAUCUGAAAAAAAGAAGAAACGUUAUAAAGAUUCUCUUAUAGCUGCCAUGAUACGAAAAUUUCAGAAAGAGAAGGAUGCAUUAAAGAAGGACUCUAACCCUAAAAUCCCAGUGACCUUAUCACCCUCCUCUCUGAAUAAACCUCCCUGUGCUCCUGCAGCACUGGGGAAUGACAUCCCGGAACUAAAUCUUAACAGCACUGAUCCAGACCUUCCCAUUUUUGUUAGCACAAAUGAACAUGAACUAUUUCAGGAAGCUGAAAAUGCCCUAGAGAUGCUAGAUCAUUUCGACUUGGACAGAUUACUGGAUGCUGCUUCUGAUGGUAGCCCCCUAUCUGAAUCAGGGGGAGAAAAUGGAAACACCACCCAGCCAACCUACACCUCUCAGGUUAUGCCCAAGGUGGUACCUACACUCCCAGAGGGUCUACCUGUACUUCUUGAGAAACGUAUCGAAGACCUGCGUGUAGCUGCCAAACUUUUUGAUGAAGAAGGAAGGAAAAAAUUCUUUACACAGGAUAUGAAUAAUAUUCUUCUGGACAUUGAGUUACAGCUACAAGAACUAGGCCCUGUCAUUCGUAGUGGUGUGUAUUCCCACCUUGAAGCUUUUGUGCCAUGCAAUAAAGAAACACUGGUAAAACGUCUGAAGAAAUUACAUCUCAAUGUCCAGGAUGAUCGUUUAAGAGAACCUCUGCAAAAACUGAAACUGGCUGUUAGCAAUGUCAUGCCUGAACAGCUAUUUAAAUACCAGGAGGACUGCCAGGCUCGUAGUCAAGCUAAGUGUGCCAAAUUGCAAACAGAUGAAGAACGAGAAAAAAAUGGAUCUGAGGAAGAUGAUGAUGAGAAGCCGGGGAAACGUGUCAUAGGACCAAGAAAGAAAUUCCACUGGGAUGACACCAUCAGAGCUUUGUUAUGUAACCUUGUUGAGAUCAAAUUGGGAUGCUAUGAGUUAGAGCCAAAUAAAAGCCAAUCUGCUGAGGAUUAUCUUAAAUCCUUUAUGGAGACAGAGGUGAAGCCCUUGUGGCCUAAGGGCUGGAUGCAGGCAAGAAUGCUUUUUAAGGAAAGCCGAAGUGUACAUAACCAUCUUACUUCUGCUCCAGCAAAGAAAAAGGUGAUUCCUGCACCUAAACCCAAAGUAAAAGAGGUGAUGGUAAAGACCCUUCCUUUCCAUUCUUUCCCCACUAUGCUUAAGGAAUGUAGUCCAAAAAAGGACCAGAAAACUCCUGCGUCCUUGGUGGCUUCAGUUGGUGGUCCUCCAACGAGCUCUAGCACAUCUGCUGUUGCUGCAGCCAGCUCUAGCUCCACACCAGCCCAAGAAACCAUCUGCCUUGACGACUCGCUGGAUGAAGAACUUUCUUUCCAUUCUCCUUCGCUGGAUCUUGUUUCUGAAGCUUUAGCCGUUAUCAACAAUGGGAACAAGGGCCCUCCGAUUGGCUCAAGGAUAAGCAUGCCAACUACAAAACCUCGUCCAGGACUGAGAGAAGAAAAAUUAGCAAGUAUCAUGAGUAAGCUGCCCCUGGCUACUCCUAAAAAACUAGAUUCUACUCAGACUGCACAUUCUUCAAGUCUUAUUGCUGGUCACACAGGGCCAGUACCAAAGAAACCCCAGGAUUUAGCUCAUACUGGCAUCUCUUCAGGCCUUAUUGCUGGUUCUUCAAUUCAGAACCCUAAAGUUUCUUUAGAACCAUUGCCAGCCAGGCUACUACAGCAAGGACUACAGAGGUCAAGCCAGAUUCAUGCUUCUUCCUCUUCACAGACUCACGUCUCCUCCUCAUCCCAAGCCCAAAUUGCUGCCUCCUCUCAUACUCUGGGAACAUCAGAGGCCCAAGAUGCUUCUUCGUUAACACAAGUAACAAAGGUGCACCAGCAUUCGGCUGUCCAACAGAACUAUGUGUCUCCAUUACAAGCAACCAUUAGUAAAUCACAGACCAACCCAGUGGUGAAAUUAAGUAAUAAUCCCCAACUUUCCUGCUCAUCCCCACUUAUUAAGACUUCAGAUAAGCCACUUAUGUACCGCCUUCCCUUAUCUACUCCCUCAUCUGGAAAUGGUUCUCAAGGGUCCCACCCCCUGGUUUCUAGGACAGCACCUAGCACCACUACCUCCAGUAACUAUUUAGCCAAGGCUAUGGUGUCACAAAUCUCCACGCAGGGUUUCAAAUCUCCCUUCUCGAUGGCUGCAUCCCCCAAACUUGCCGCAUCUCCCAAGCCUGCAACAUCCCCUAAACCCUUGCCCUCACCUAAGCCUUCUGCCUCACCUAAGCCCUCUCUAUCAGCAAAGCCUUCAGUAUCAUCUAAACUUACUUCUAAAUCCAACCCAACUCCCAAGCCUACUGUAGCCCCAAGUUCUUCCAGUCCAAAUGCGCUAGUAGCCCAGAGUAGCCACCCCAGUAGUAACAACCUAGUCCAUAAACAGCCCAGUGGAAUAAACAUCAGCAGACAGUCUCCCACCUUGAAUUUAUUGCCCGCUAAUCGCACAUCAGGCCUUCCAUCUACAAAAAAUCUUCAGGCCCCUUCAAAGCUAACAAACUCUUCAUCCACUGGAACUGUUGGGAAGAACAGCUUGAGUGGAAUUGCAAUGAAUGUACCUGCCAGCAGAGGUAGCAACCUUAACUCAAGCGGAACUAAAAGGACUAGUCUAUCUGGGGGAACAGGAAGUGGAACACAGGGUGCUACUAAACCGUUGUCUACUCCACAUAGACCAUCCUCUGCCUCAGGGUCUUCAGCGGUAACAGCCAGUGUGCAGUCCACAGCAGGAGCAUCAUUAUUGGCUAAUGCCUCACCUCUGACUCUCAUGACAUCACCUUUGUCUGUAACAAAUCAAAAUGUGACUCCUUUUGGGAUGCUGGGUGGCCUUGUUCCAGUGACCAUGCCCUUCCAGUUUCCCUUGGAGCUACUUGGCUUUGGAACGGACACCGCUGGAGUGACAACCACCUCGGGAUCUACCUCACCUGCUUUCCACCAUAGCCUAACUCAGAAUUUAUUAAAGGGUUUACAGCCAGGAGCUCAGCACGCAGCAACACUUUCCCACUCACCUCUGCCUACACACUUACAACAAACAUUUAAUGAUGGAGGCCAAAGUAAAGGGGACACUAAAUUACCACGGAAAUCUCAGUGACUUCCCAGCAAGCAAAGGAGAUGAAACAUUUGGUUGGCUGAUGGAAUCUACCUGAUGGGAAAGUACUUAUGUGGUCAUAGGGCUGCUGUUUCUGUCGAUGUUUACAUUCUCUCGUCCCAAGCACUGUGGUGAGGAGGAAAAAGAAAAGAAAACAAACGUUACUUGAGCAAAGCCAGGUGCAGGAGGAAAAAAUGCUUUUGUGCAAAGUUAGAGACCUUUGGUCUCUUCUAAAGAAAGACAAAGUUACCAUAUUAACUGACUUGAGAGAGACUCAGUUGUCAAACCCACAGAUGUACAAAUUUGAUUUUUCCCGGGGGAGAAGGAAGUCCAGAGGAUUUGGGUAAACUCCAUCCAUCCUGGGGGUUGGAUCUGAACACUUGUAGACAUAAGUACAUAAUAAAAGGCACUAUAUCUGGAAUUAGGCCAGUUUGUCAGGAGUAAUGAUCAUGUCUCUGUGAGUGGACUGUGUAGCAAAUUUGCCACAAAAAAAUUUAAUGGCUCUGUCUGAUACAGACAGUAGCUGGAGAAAUACUGUACCCUCAAAAAUCCUGAGCAAACUUGAAUCUUCUCCAGUGUGUAGCAACUCCCCAUGUAAAUCGGUGGACUAAAGAUGCGUCAGGAAAGUUAUUUUAGCAUAAUGAUAUAUAGUAUUAAAUCAUCUAGAUUUUUCAAAGUCAGGAAGUUGAGCCUGUUGCUCUUAACAAACAAAACCUAGAUGUCACCUUUUUUGUAAAAGGGUCAAUUUCAUUUUCCAUUCAGAAGCAGGUACUUAACUCUUUUCUUCAGGUGAUUUGUGCAUCUGGUAUUGACUGGUUGUUCUUAUUUCCAUUCUUGAUGUUAAAAUAUGAUGGUGUUCACAUUUUUUUCUUAAGAAAUGGGGAUCUUUGAUACAGGGCUGCUGCGUUGUUGCUGUUAGCAUUUACAGCAACAUGAGCUGUAAGUUUCCCCCCAAAUGCACUUCACUUCACAGUUUCUUCUGUUCAUUUAACUAGUGGUACUCCAAGUGAUUAUGAACUAUCAAUAUAAACAGAUAGAAGUGUAUGCUUUGUUUCUUCAUUGGACAUUCGAAUGGCAUGAAUAUGGCUUUUGAAUUUUUAAGAUGAUAUUUUAAAGAGACGAAUUACAUUAGGGUAACAAUCACAGUGUAUUUCUACUCCCUAUAUCCAGUGUAGUGGAAUUGUUUGGAGCAUUUGGGAUACUAAAGCUUUACUGGUAGUAUAUUUACUCGGAGUAUUGAUAUGUGAGCAAGCCUACAGAUUAUAAGGCUCCUUAGUUAGUACAGCUUCCUUAUGCAGAUAGCAUAUUCAACGAAGGAUGUUAAGGGAAAAUUUAUGGUUCUCUGUAUACAUUUUAUUGGAUUUUUUUUUUUUUUUUUGCCUCAUGAUCAUUCUAGUGGCUUUUUUUUUUUUUUUUUUUAGCUUCUGAAUGUUUUCUAACUAAAUCCAAGAAUGGUGUAAGCUUGGUCCAUUUAUAAUGGCAAACUAACUUAAAAACAUUAGACUGAUAGUAGCAAGAUUUCUUGCAUAUGUUUUUAUUACACAUUAUACUGUUAAAUUUAUUCAAAUAAGAGUAUUAACCAGGCCCUUUUUUCCUUUUAUAAACAAAAGUCCCCAAUAGCCUACAGAACUGUGAAUAAAUAACCACAGAUCUGUUCAGAUCUGUAUGCCUAUAUUUUGACUUCAAAGUCACAUUGGCUUGCUUCAUAGCAAAAAAGUUAAUGAAUAACUGAAAACUUUAGUUCCAAGAACUUGUUACACUAAGGGGAAAGAAUUAUUUCAAAGGAAUCAUUGAUUUAAUUUCUUGACUCUAAGAAUUUAUUUAACAACAAAACAAGUAUGGAUGUUGUAUGAAGCCCUGUAGAUACUUUGGAAGGAUGCUGGGAUGUUGCAGAGGGGUUUGACUUGAAUUCAGUAUGUUUGGUUAAAAGUUUGCUUGGUUUUAAUUAGGGAGACUUACCCAAUUCUUGAUUUAUUCCAAUGUAGUAGACCUCUUGUUUAUCAAAUUUGAAAAAAAAAAGUCUUUACCAAUAACUCUCUGGGUAAGUGAUGGGAGUUUUCCUUUGGGGAAGGUAGCCUUUGUUUUAUUUCUUAUACCAGGAGAGAAGUCAAAGUGCAUAUUAAUCUCUCUUCCUGCUGAUAAUUAUAUGUGUAUUUGUGUGUGUGUGUGUGUGUGUGUGUAUGUGUGUGUUUAACACACACACACACAUUCCUCUCAAUUACUAAUUUGAGUCAAAAAAUAAUUUUAAUUUCUUAAAUCCAUCAAUUCUGAAUCAUGUCAUAUGAAAAUCCCUGAUGAGUCUUUGUCAUCAUUAGAAAAGAACAGAAUAAUCAGUUAUUUCCUUCUGUGUCAUUUUAUACUAACCAGUAAAAAUAUAUGAAUGCCCUUGGCUCUAAGAAUAUAAUAUUGCAAUUAUAUUCUAUUCUCUUCAGUCUUGAGUCCUUGAGGACUCCUGUUAGGUUCCCACCUUAACCCUCCACCCCCAUUUUCACUGUCCACUCCCAUCCAUUUCAGUCAAGAACCUCCCCUUCCUUUUAUGUUGUACAAAUGAGUCAAACAUACUUGUAUUCCUUCAUAGACAGAGUAAGAUCAGAGAGUUUCUACAUGUAAAUAUCUACAUUUCUUUUCUAGAUCAUAACAUUGAAAAUGGUGUCCAUACUUUAUGGUCACGUAUCUUUACAGUUUUUAUUACUAAAAAAACAAACAUAAAUUGGUUAUUUUUUAACACAGAGACUUGUGACUCAUACUGUAUUUUUGCACUUAAAGAUCAAAUUAUGUUAUUUUUUAAAAUGGUGAGUAACUGGAAAGGAUAUCUAUAGAACAAUCUGUAUUUCUAAAGAGCAUUAGCAACAUCCAGAUGCAAAAAUAAUCAGCACACAUAAUUAUGUCCCACUCAGUGGGAUUCUUGAUUCAGGAAGAUUAAGCUGUUUAUUUUUAACUGUCUUAUAUUUUAAAUGGCCUUCACUGAUAUAUAAGCUGUUACUGUACAUACAAGUUAAUCCUCAGUAUUCACAAGCAAUAAUGGUGGUCAGCAAAGUUGUCCUCAGGGACAGCAGUGCUGAGCCUCAGUUGGAGACUGGGAGCAAAGUGUCAAGCUCAUUCAGAGCCUCCAGAAUAAUUGCAAGCAAUAAUUUCCAUUAUAAGUCAAUUGUAAUUCUUUCUCAUAUGCUUCUGAGAUCAGACGGUAAACAAAAUCAUGAUUUUUAAAACAGCCUGAAGAAAAAGGUUUUGGGAAAGCAAGUGAAGUUAAUCUGUAGUCACAAAGUCCUGAUUUUUUGAGGUGAUCAGAGUUUUGUAUUAGUACAUUAUUUCAUGCCCGCCACCCCUUUGAUGGAUGUUGUUAGCCCAAAUUGCAUUUUUUUAUAUUAUACAUAUUGAGCAAGGUUUAUUGGAUCACCAAGGUAAGGGGAAGAACCGGGCACAUACAUGUUUGGAUACUGUGGGUUUGACACCUGUUUGAAAACAACUCAUUGGAAAUGAUUUAUAACCCAGGAUAUUUUUUUCCCAAAGCAGAUCUAAAUUGUUUACUACCCAGGGUUGGAAAGGGCAGGCACCUCUAUUCUUUCUCCUCUGGUGGCCCUCUCCCACACCUUUCCACCUCCUCUUGGUUAAAGACAUUUUCUGAAAUGAAAAUUCUACUGUUAUUCAAACUGCCAUUGAUUAUGAGAGCUCUGUGUCCUUUGGGAUCAUCUCUUAGAACUCCAGUUAUCUGUCAUAUUUGCUGCUACGUUUGUAAGAUGAACUUUGCCUGUAUUGGUUGACUUUAAUCUAAUUUACAGUUCUUUAUUUCUGGGAGAUUUUGUCCUAUAAUUUGACCCAUGUAUAGAAUUAGGAAACUUUAUUUUAGGAGUGUACCAUAAAAGCACACUGGUCCCUAUAUUGUUUUUAUCAUUUAGGUUUUGAAUUUGUUUGCAUUUUUGUUUGUUGGUUUUUUGUUGUUUUGUUUUUGAAGUUGGAAAUAGAAUGAGAAAACUCUAUAAUCAGGCCAAACUUGAGAACUUUCCCUGUGCUUCAGCACUAUAAUUUCUGCUGACCUAAUGUUCUCAAAAGAGGCACUUUUACUCUCUAUUGUGCAUGUAUGAUUGUUUUUUGUUUUGUUUUUUGCUUUGGGGGGUUUUGUUUUUGUAAUAAUGAAGCAGAAGAAAAGUGCAGUAGUAGAUGAAUGACUGAUCACAAACAUAUUAUGGAAUUUUAUUUUAUAAAGUUUUAAGGGGAAAAGUUUAACUCUUUGUAAAUCAUUUCUUAGCUCUGGUAAAAUGCUUAUAUUACUCCCCUAAAACAUGCUCAAUUCAGGCCUUUGUCUUUGUUAAGUGCCUUUUUUCUUUCUUUUUUCCCCUCUUUUGAAACUUCUCAGAUAUCUUAAAGUACAGGCUAAGGCAGGGGAUUCAAGAGGAAGAAUCUCAAACUUGCCAACACCAUAUCGUGCUGUCACCACCCUCUUCCUUUUCUUUAUAUGGAUAUAUAUGUAAGAUCCAUACAUACAAAACUAGUAGCUGCUGUACCAUUGCAGCCUUUCUGAACACGCCCCUUUCAGUGUUUGCAAAACUUCUGCCUUGUUCAUUCCAUUGCUUUUAGUUGAUUAAAAUGGGCAGAUUGGGAAAUUAUCUUUUUACAAGAUGCCAUCUUCCCCUUUUGAAUAUCUAUUUGUAGAUGUUAACAACAGCAGCAAAAAUAUAUAUACAUAAUAAGUCGGUUAUUACAAGUAAAAUAAAUUUGAUGGACUCAUUGACUAUUCCUGGAUGUAACCCAUGCUCUGUGCCCUACAAACUUGGCAUAAGCAAUAUUAGAGAAAGCAUUGGAAUAACAAGUAUCUUGUGGGUCAGAUUAGUAAGGUGCACUAUGGCAAGUGAGACUAAACACAUGGGAGGGCUGGUGUCACAACUAUGGUAUAGUAUCUGAAUAAGUUUUGAAGGAAGGUAGCAACUUUGUCAACAUCAAAAAUGUAUCAUAUUUUCUUCUGGGAAAUGAUUUUUGAAGAAAUCAUAUAGUUGCAUAUCUAUUAAAAGGUUCAUAAACUUAGAAGUAGACUUCAGAUACUGAGGAAAACACUCUCAUAAUCUAUAGCAUUCUUGAGAGAUCUUCAGUUUUCUUUUUAUUUGCCAGAUAAUUACAUUUGGCUUAAUCUGAUUUUAUGGUUAUUUGGAUUUUUCCCUUGAGCAAAAUAACAUAAUCUUCAGUAUCUAAGAUUCAUCUGUUCUUGUUGAAAACAAAUAGCUGUGACAUGUUAAAGGAGAUUAAGUUGAACCAUCCCUCAUACCCAGUAAAAAUAUAUCUAAUAAGCGCCCCCUUUUAAAUAAAUUCUAAUUGGAAAGAAGAGUCUGGUGGCUAAAAACGAGAAAGCAAAGGCUCCUGGUAAUGUUACCUGAUAGUAAAACUACUGUCAGGUGGCCAGAGUUCAGCUGCAAAUAUUACUCUUGAAUUACUGUGUCUAGGGGGGGAUAUCAUUUAACCUUCGUGCCUCAGAUUACCCAUUAGACAAUUGGGUAUAAUAAUAUUCACCUACCUCCCAGGGAUAUCAGAGACUUUACUAUUUCAAAAAUAUUUUGUGUUUUUCUAAAAUGUCCUAUAUAAGUAAAAAUAGUAUUAUCAUCUUCCUGCAGAGGCUAAAAAAUGUUUUCCUUGUGGUAAUUAUAAAAAGCACCCUGUGAUUUUUAAGUUCUGGAAAAAGAAAUCAUUGGAAUUCUAAUUUAGAUACAUAUUUGUUAUUUAAACAUAUUAUAUAUGCAGUAGGAUAAAAUGGUUUCAGGUUAACAAGGGGGGAAAUGAUGCUAAGUUUCUUAAUUAUAAAUAGAUUUUUUUUAGCCUUUUAUGGUGUUAAGUUACUACUUGUGUGAUUUUUUGCCAAGGUUGUGGAGCUAAAGUUAGAUAAAAUUUGGGUGCUUUGGUUAUUGGAGUUGAUAAAUGAUCCUGAAAGUUUCAACUGCCUCACUUUUCCAUCUUCUUGAUCUAAUUUCCUUAUGUUACUUGUUUGGUGACAGAUAGCUAAGCUUUUCACUUUCUAAGAAUGAAUGGGAGUCUCUUCAUUCUUGUAAAUCAGAGAUUUUGUGCUGUUCCGAUAACUAGGUGUAUCCAGCUCUGCACUGGAGGGGCAAACACUGCACACAGCCAGCUGGAUACUGGUUAGCCAGUCUAUCUUUGUAAUUCAUACUUCUUCAAUCCAUGAAAGAGGUGAACCAUCAGCUGCUCAUGUUGUAGGAAAAUGGUAGAGGGAAUGCAGGAUUCACUUCCUAGGUGGGGGUAGAAGGAAACAUGUUUUUCCCCAAUUCCCAAGAGGAUAAGAAGAUCAUUUUAUCCCACCUUCCAUCCCUGCAUAUUAAGUAUUACUAUGUAGAAUUUUUCUUUUAUCAUUUGAAACAACAGGAAAAAAAUAGAUGCCGCAUUUUUUGAAUGCUAAAUGCUGAGCAACAUUUGUUGGAGUGUAUACGUAGAACUGUUUAAAUUGUAGAACAUAUUCGGGGUCAGAAAAAUGAGAACACGGGAUGAGGAACAAAUUUCAUCUAGCUCAAGUGAGUUAGGAGAAAGUACCAAGCCCAAGCAGACAAAACAUCUGGGUUAAUUCCCAGAAUUGGCUAUGGCCCAGUUAAUCCCUGGUAAGAUGAUGUGUUAGUUUUUUUAAUCACUUCUUAGAUUUUUGUUGCUUUUUCAGAUAAGGCCUUAGUAGCCUUUAAAUAGCAACUAUGCAGAUAAACAUACUCCUAAUUUUCCACAUUUUCUUCUGUUUCUAUUCUCAGAUAACAAAUGUCAAGACCCAAAGAAAUAAGGCAUAAGGGUUUUGUUGAAUGUGUGUUUGUUCCUCUGGGGAAAAUUAACAGAAGCAUAAAAUAGAGAUAAAAAUGUUAACUCCAUAGUCAAAAACUAACUACAGACCCUUUCACUGGUGCAAAACUGUAGUUAGUAUCAUGGAAUGUCUUUGGGUUGUUAUGAUAAAAUCAUCCCAGUGUUCAAUUCUGAGAAAGUUAUAGAUUCUGUGAUACAAUGUUUAGGUUUAUAGAGCUGAACAGGUGGUCAAAGUCUAAUUAAAAAUAGCUUUGAAUAUUAAUGUUGAAUUCUUUCUUCAUUUCCUUUAGUCUGCAUCUUGUUUUAGUCUGAACUCUUCAGUUGACCAUUUCAUCAACCAGUUGCUACACUAGGAUGUAAUUUGUGUGUUGUUAGAACAGGGAGGGUACUGUCUUUUACAUCCUCUUCUCACUCACCUUGGCAAUCUAGCCUGUGUCCCCAUGGAACCUAUUUCAGGAGACUGUUACAUCCUAGCAGAAGACUCAGGCAGGGAUGCUCUUAGGAUUCUAUUCAGACUGCCUUUGAAUAGCUUGAUAUUCAAUUACAUUUUUCUCAUAGACUCCCAAAGUACCAUUUGCUUGAAAGUAGCUAUUUGUGAUCUUUAUUUUUAAUUUCCUCAUAAUGAAUAUUCUGCUUCUCAAUCUCUCUCGCAUAUUUCCAUUUCAUAGUGGGUUAGUACUUAAGCUUUGGACACUUUCCCAAACUGUUACCCAAACAGGUCAAGAAUGCUUUUCAAAAAUCUCAUUAGUGUAAUUUGGGUCCAUAUGUCUAGGACUUUGAGUCAACAGUGGUUAUCACUGGUGACUGGAUUUUUUUCUCCUCUUCUCCUUUGUAUUAAAAAAUAGAUUUUUGCUACCAUAUAAUGUGGUAGUAGCUACAUUUCUUGCCUUCCCCCUUCAUACUUUUCAGUUAUUCAAAAGAAAUGCAGACCUUUGUUAGGGGUUCUUAUCUCAUAAUCGUCUGCCUUAUUUUCAUACUUCCCCUGGAAUAUGCCUACUUUUGCAAAUAGGCCAUAUGAAUUCACAGUACCACUUUUAUGUUUGUUCCUCAGAAAACUCUCUCUCUUCAUUAUUUGCUCACAUUUUGCUAAUGAUAAUAUAGUUACAUUAUCUUAAAUCUGUGUUUUAAGAUUUUAUAAUAGGGCGCUAACGGAAACCUAGUUGAAACAAGAUGACUAUUACCCAAGAUAACUUGGAAAUACUUCUGUUUUUAAAGUUAACAGCUCCAUCUAUCCUCAAAGCCCAUUUAGGAGUCAACAUAAACUAAGACCAGUCAGCGGACAUGUUUUUCUAUGUUACAACCCACCCUUAAAUUGUCAAAUCCUAGCUAUCCUGUAUUUUCUAUCCAUGCAGCCAUAAACUUUCUUCCUUUUUUGCUUAUCUCUACUGUUUGCAGGGGUAUUGUGCCCUCUGUCAGAAAAUUGGGUUUUCUUUACCAUACCUGCAAGAUUACCAAGGUUUGUCCCAAUAUUGGUUAAGAAGCAUUAAAAGAAAGUAAAGUUAUUCUCAGUUGACAAAGGUAUUAUGUUCUUAAUAGUUUGAAAGUUGGCCAACUUUGGCUGCUUUUUUUUUUUUUUUUUUUGAGUUUGGACUACACCUAUGUUAUUAAUUACAUAUACCUUCUGAGACAUUCAGAUAUUCAUGAGGCCCUUCCACCAUUGUAGGUUCCCAGCCUACAAAUAAUUUCCUUUGGUCCAUGGCCAGCCUCCAGAGAAAAGAUUUAAGCUUUGCAUUGUCCUUUUAUUAUUGGCUGUCACUGAAAAAUUUUUUAUUUUAGAAAAUAUCAAAAAGACCAAAUUGUUCCUUAAGGAAAGUAUAUAAAUCUGGGCUUUCUCUUGCAUUUCACUUGCUGAACAUUGUCAAACUUAGAAGAAAAUAAAUCUCUGGCUGGUGAAAAUUUUGUAGCCCAAAUAAUACAAAAAAGUCUACCAAGGUAACUAAGUGAUGAGUGUUUUCUGUCUUUUAUUACCAAUGAGAAAGUUUAUUUGCAGUUGUAAAAAUCAUCAUGAAACUGCAGACCUAUUUGCUGUUACUGAUUGGAAAUAAUUAUUCUGAUUUUUAGUCUGGGCAAGCACAUACUUCCAACCCUUAUGGUAUGAAUUUUGACAAGGGAAAGACUUUUGUUUGGUAGCAGAAGGAAAAACAGGACUUAUUUAUACAGUGAAUGUUCACUCUCCAGAGGAACUUCCCUCCAGUUACACAUCUAUCUUCCUCUUACGUUAGCCGCCUCCAUGCUUGAUGUAGAUGCCAACAUGUUUGAAACCAGUCUUGAAGGAGCCUGAACGAUUUAUGAUCCUCUAGGUAAAAGGCACGAAUCACUGUGUUGCAUUUGCUUAUAGGGAGGUGUUUUUGCUAACUUGAAGGGAUAUACUGUAUUUCAAAUAAGUGUGUGACUUAAUAUUUUGGGAGCUUUUUCCCCUCCUUUAAAAACUGGACCUGAACACAAGCUUUGAGUUGGUAUUUGUAAUAAUCUCAGGACCUGAAAGAUUGUAGCAUUUAGUGUGUCUUAAAAAUUAUGUACUGUACCAGCCAUGGAUUUUUGUAAAUAUACCUGUUUCCCUUUUUUGUAUUAUUUUAGUAAAAAAAUAAUAAUAAUAAAUUUAAAUAAAAGGGGGUGGUGACGACAUGUGAAUGGGUGUGGGUAUGUAUGUGUGUGUGUUUGCAUAAGGCUCUUUUGAGAUGAACUGGUGCUUGUUUGAUUUCCAGCUCAAAUUGGAGCAGGAAUAUGGACAAACUGCUGCUACUGAACCCUGCACUGAGCCGAGGUAUUUCCAUUUUGUCAUUUUCCAUAUGGUUGAUUAAAUGCUAGCAGCUACCAGGAAAUGACUUAUAAGUUAAAUUCUUCUUCCCACUGCCAUCUUGCCUUUGCAUUCUCAGUUCUACAUGCCCUUUGAACUUUGAUAGUACAACAUUUCAAACUUUGGGUGGUUUGCUGGGCUCUGGUUUUUAGAAAGCUCUGGUCACUCUUUCCUAAAAAAGGGUGGUGGGGGCAGGUAAAUUUUUUAACCAAAAAAUAUCAUGCAUUUCAUAAACCUGAUGACUUUUGGAUAUGUGAGAGGGCAUAAACAUUCCUAAAUAUGGAUCUGUGAAUUUAGUAAAUUAACUCUAUGGAUAUACUCCUUCAGUGCAGGGAUUUUUGUUUAUUUUAUAUUUUUUUUGCAACAGCCUUGCUCAUAUUCCAGGUGUAGCUAGCAAACCCCUGUUUUGAAGCAAGAGCCUUAUUUGAUUCAGUGUAGAUGUUUCCUGUCUAUCCUUUGUGACAGGGCCUUUUACAUGAGUGUUGUUUUUCUUUUUGUAUGUGUUACGUGUUUGUUGUAUUAAAUAAAGAGGAAUGUACAUAUUA